AUGGAUCAUUCGACGAACAAAGGCCAAUUCGAGGCCCAGCACGCGUCCGGCACCGACGUGGGCCUCACGGGUGCCAACGAUGCCGAGAUGCACCACCGCCGCUCCUCCUCGACCGAUUUUCAAGCUGAUCAAGCUCUUGAGGCUCUGGGCUAUAAGCCCGAGCUCUCGCGCAGCCGAUCCACUCUUCAAGUCGCCUUCAUGUCCUUUGUGCUCGCCUCUAUUCCCUACGGUCUUGCUACGACCCUUUAUUAUCCCCUGAUUGGUGGCGGUCCCGUCAACAUUAUCUGGGGCUGGCUUGGCGUUUCCAUGAUUAUUGUGUGUGUUGCCGCGUCCUUGGGCGAGAUCACCAGCGUUUACCCGACCGCAGGAGCUGUACCGCCGCAUCUCACCAACUGGUGCGAGGCGCUGCAGCGUGUAUUAUCAGGCUUUCAUGCUUGCUCCCCCUCUUGGCGACGACUCGCAAGCUGGAUCUGUGGCUGGCUUUACGUUGUCGGAAACAUCACCAUCACCCUGGCCGUCAACUUUGGUACGACCCUCUUUUUCGUCGCCUGCAUCAACGUCUUUGAGAAGGAGCCGGGCGUUGGCGUCUUUGAAGCUUCCACCUACCAAGUCUUCCUCAUCUUUCUCGCCAUUACCCUCUUUUGCAAUGCCGUGUCUGCUCUUGGAAACAAGUGGCUGCCGAUCUUGGAUACCGUCGCCAUCUUUUGGACCUUUGCCGGUGUUCUCGCCAUUAUGAUCUGCGUCCUCGUUAUCGCUAAGAACGGUCGUCAUUCCGCCGCGUACGUCUUUGGCCACUUCGAGGCGAACUCGGGUUGGCCCGAUGGCUGGUCCUUCUGCGUCGGCCUCCUCCACGCCGGAUACGCCACUUCGUCGACGGGCAUGAUCAUCUCCAUGUGCGAGGAAGUCCACCAGCCCGCCACCCAGGUUCCCAAGGCUAUGGUGCUUAUCAACCUUGCCAACGGACAACCCGUCCCCACCAUUCUCAAAGACGCCGUCGGUUCCGCCCAGGGCGCCAUCGGCCUUCUCAUCCCCAUCAUGGUCCUCGCCCUGAUCUGCGGUAUCGGCUGCACCACUGCCGCUUCCCGCUGCACCUGGGCUUUUGCGCGUGACGGUGCCAUCCCGGGCUCCAGGUGGUGGAAGACGGUCCACCCCGGCCUCGACUUGCCCCUCAACGCCAUGAUGCUGAGCAUGGUUGUCCAGAUCCUCCUCGGCCUCAUCUACUUUGGUUCCUCGGCCGCCUUCAACGCCUUCUCCGGCGUUGGUGUCAUCUGCCUGACCGCCGCCUACGCCACCCCCAUUGCCAUCAGCUUGGCGAACGGCCGAAAGCACUUGGUCGAUGCCAAGUUCUCGCUGGGCAAGUUUGGCGUGCCCGCUAACAUCAUCGCCCUUGCUUGGUCGAUUCUUGCCAUGCCCCUGUUCUGCAUGCCAUCCUACAUCCCCGUGACGGCCGCCACCGUGAACUACGCCCCCGUCGUCUUUGUCGGCGCCACCCUGAUUUCCGCGGCCUGGUACGUCGUCUGGGGCCACAAGAACUAUGAUGGCCCGCCCACCAACGACUCGACCUUUUAA